AUGUCGGAGCACCAUUCUGACGCCGCCAUGACGGAAUCAACGUUACCUGAAAUGAUUAACGAGCUAAAUGGCGUAUUGGUACCUGAUGAAGAGCUGGUCCGCAUUCGCGAGUUCAAAACAAUGUUGGAAGAAGUUCAGGAGCGUCGAGAUGCAGAACGCUCCAAGUUUGAAGAAAUCAUUAAGCAACUUGAAGCGUCUGUGUCGGAACUGCGCGAGAGUUCGACGCGUGCCUCUGCUGAAUGGCGUUCCUUCGAGGAGCAUGCCUCCAUUAUGAAAGGCAUGGAGAAUGAAAAGUUCGACUUGGCAAAGAAAAUUAAUGAUCAAGAAGCUACUCUUUCGAUGCUAGAGUCUGAGAUUGAAGAGCUACGUCGAGAGAGUGAAGUCAUGGAAAACUGGGACAUCGAGGAGGAAGUCGGUAUGGACCGAAAUGUCCUUGCUCUGCAAUUAUUUCGCGGAAUGGGAUUUGUUCCACACCAUGAUAACGAUGAAGCUUCUGCGCCCAUCACAUCACUCCUUGUGCGUUCAGCUAAGCGCAAUGUCGCAGCAUCAUUUGAUAUUGAUCAUGAAGCGUUGCAAAAUUCUGUACAAGCUCGGUAUGAUUUGGCUUCGCGACUAUGGACUGCUGCAAACUAG